AUCCAGCGCCACCCCCACCCCCACCACCUCCUCUUCUUCUUCCCUCGAGCUCAGCGCAGAACGCACGCACGCGGACAGAGAGGGAAUCCCCCCGUUGCUUGCGUCCGCUCGCGGCUCGGAGACGAGCCGCGAGCGUUCCAAUACCAAACCAGAGCAUCCCCCGGCCUUGUUGGAUCUUUCCGGCGCCGCCCGCAGCGAGCGAUUCGCCUUCGGGCAGGCGCAAGAUUCAAUGAAGAACAACCUUGUGAAAAACAACAUGCUGAAAGAGUUCUACAUCCCAACUUAUAUAUUCGUGCCAGAGUCUCCAGUAGAGAAGGUUUCUCAAAUACCUAGUUGUCCAGUGAUUGUUUUUAUCAACACCAAAAGUGGUGGCCAGCUGGGACAUGAUUUAAUUGUCACGUACCGUAAGCUGCUCAACAAUUCUCAGGUGUUUGAUCUGCUUGAGGAAGCUCCAGAUAAGGUCUUGCACAAACUGUAUGGAAACAUGGAAAGGCUAAUGCGUGAUGGGGAUACUGUUGCUGCUGAAAUUCACAGAAGAUUGAGGCUAAUAGUUGCUGGAGGUGAUGGUACUGCAGGUUGGUUGCUUGGAGUUGUUUCUGAUCUUAAGCUAGUACAUCCACCACCUGUUGCUACAGUUCCUCUGGGAACUGGAAAUAACUUGCCAUAUUCUUUUGGAUGGGGGAAGAGAAAUCCUGGAACAGAUGAAAAGUCAGUUCUAUCGUUUCUACAGUCAGUAAGACAAGCGAAAGAGAUGAAAAUUGAUAGUUGGCACAUUGUCAUGAAAAUGGAAAGCCCAAAAAGUUCUACUUGUGAUCCAAUUGCUCCUUUGGAUUUGCCUCAUUCGCUGCACGCGUUUCACCGUGUGCCAAACAAUCCACAAGAUAAGGAAUAUUCUUGCACGUUUCGUGGGGGAUUCUGGAAUUACUUCAGUAUGGGAAUGGAUGCUCAGGUGUCAUAUGCCUUUCAUUCUGAGAGGAAAUUGCAUCCAGAAAAAUUCAAAAACCAGUUGUCUAAUCAGAAAACAUAUUUGAAGCUGGCAUGCACGCAAGGAUGGUUCUGUGCAUCCCUAUGUCAUCCAAUGUCACGGAACAUUGCGCACCUUUCAAAAGUAAAGAUAAUGAAGAAAUCUGGAAAAUGGGAAACAUUGGAAAUUCCACAGAGUAUCCGGUCCAUUGUUUGUCUGAAUUUACCCAGCUUCUCCGGUGGACUGAAUCCAUGGGGAACACCAAGUGAGAGAAAACAAAGAAAAAGGGAUUUAGUAAUGCCUCCACUUGUGGAUGAUGGUCUUCUGGAGAUUGUGGGUUUUAAAGAUGCUUGGCAUGGACUUGUGUUGCUAUCUCCAAAAGGCCAUGGCACUCGUCUUGCUCAGGCUCAUCGCGUCCAAUUCAAAUUCCACAAGGGUGCAACCGACCAUGCUUACAUGAGACUUGAUGGGGAACCCUGGAAUCAGCCUCUUCCGAAGGAUGACGGCAAGGUCUUGGUGGAGAUCUCACAUGCCGGCCAGGUGAAGAUGCUUGCUACCAAAAACUGCAUUGCUAAAGGCAUCCAUGAGGCACUGUCUAUGUCAACGGUUCAUCCAGAGUCCAGCUCCUCCAGUGACGAUACGGAUGACGAUGAUGAUUUCGCGGAGGAGAGGAAGAACUUUGGUGCUGCAUUGUCGUUUCGGUACAUGGAUGAUGUGACCAAAGAGUAAAAAAGCUUGCUUUUCUUACUGAGCCUUGUACAGCAUGUUUGCAUAGGACGUAGAUUGCUGCACUAACUCUGGAAGCUGCGCCACCUGUAAGAUCCUUUCCAUGACGAGGUUUUGUACGUAUGGCUGAGUUGUUGUGUGCCGUACAGAGCCAACUGGGGUGCUGACUAUCUUGUACCAUGACCGUGAGCAAUUUUCCAAUCCAGUUUUUCUUCUGCAGCAACACA